AUGUUAUCUAAGAAGUGGGCUUUGGCGGUUCUGCUGUUGCAGCUCUGUAGUGCUGGCUGUGGAUUCGGUGGAAAGGUUCUGGUAUGGCCCGUUGACAUGAGCCAUUGGCUUAAUAUAAAGACCAUUCUAGAGGAACUCACAAAGAAAGGACAUGAGGUAACAGUGUUGUCUUUUCCACAUACUAAGCUCAUUGACUACAGCAAACCUUCCCCACUGAACUUCGAGGUAUUACAUCCAGAAUAUCCGAAAGAAUUAAUGGAGAGAGCACAAGACAAAUUUCUGGACGUAAUUUUGAAUGACUUGCCAAACUUAACACCCUGGCGAUCUACAAUAAGAUUGAAUGAUGUUUUUAUUGAACUAACUGAAACUCUAAAAACCCUGUGUGAGCAUGCAGUCUACAACCAGACACUCAUGAGGAAGCUCCAGGGAACCAACUACGAUGUAAUGCUUAUAGACCCUGUGAUGCCCUGUGGAGAGCUGGUGGCUGAAUUGCUUGCAGUCCCUUUUGUGUUCACAUUAAGAGUGUCUAUGGGAGGCAUGAAGGAGAAACACUGUGGGAAACUCCCCACUCCACCUUCCUAUGUUCCUGUUCAGAUGGUGGGACUUACCGACCGAAUGACCUUUCUGGAAAGAGUAAAAAAUACAAUGCUUUCUGUUUUCUUUGACUUAUGGAUCCGGGAUUAUGACAUUCAUUUUUGGGACCAGUUUUACAGUGAGGCAUUAGGAAGACCCACUACAUUAUGUGAGACUCUGGGGAAAGCUGAAAUUUGGUUAAUUCGAACAUAUUGGGAUUUUGAAUUUCCUCGUCCAUACCUACCUAAUUUUGAAUUUGUUGGAGGAUUACACUGUAAACCUGCCAAACCGUUACCUAAGGAAAUAGAAGAAUUUGUCCAGAGCUCAGGCAAAAAUGGUAUUGUGGUGUUUUCUCUGGGUUCAGUCAUCCAAAAUCUCACAGAAGAAAAGGGCAAUCUUAUUGCCUCAGCCCUUGCCCAGAUUCCACAGAAGGUUUUGUGGAGAUACAAAGGGAAGAAACCAGCCAAAUUAGGAACCAACACUCAGCUCUACGACUGGCUACCCCAGAAUGAUCUUCUUGGUCAUCCAAAAACCAAAGCUUUUAUCACUCAUGGUGGAAUAAAUGGGAUCUAUGAAGGUAUUUAUCAUGGGGUCCCUAUGGUGGGAAUUCCCAUGUUUGCUGAUCAGCAUGAUAACAUUGCUCACAUGAAGGCCAAAGGAGCGGCUGUGGAGGUGAACAUGCACACAAUGACAAGUGCAGACUUACUAAAGGCCUUGAGAACAGUCAUUAAUGAUCCUUCCUAUAAAGAGAAUGUGAUGAGGUUAUCAAGGAUUCACCACGAUCAACCUGUAAAGCCUCUAGAUAGAGCGGUCUUCUGGAUCGAGUACGUCAUGCGCCACAAAGGAGCCAAACACCUGCGGGCAGCUGCUCACAACCUCACCUGGUUCCAGUACCACUCUUUGGAUGUGAUUGGGUUCCUGCUGGCCUGUGCAGCAUCUGCUAUAUUCUUGAUCACAAAAUGUUGUUUAUUUUCUUGUCGAAAAUUUGGUAAAACUGGAAAAAGGAAAAAGAGAGAAUAG